AUGCGUUUCAACUCGUGGGCAACAGUCUGCCUUGGAGGUACAAUCGUAUCGUCGAUUCCCCUCUCUAUUUCUCAUGAGACCUACCUUCCCUACUUCCCUUCUGUUGACCAUGAAAGCGUCGCAAAAUCAUAUCUGUAUCUAGAUUGGGCAGUAGACAACGGCUCGCUGUUUGCGAACAAUGACCGUAUCUUCCCGCCAUCAAUACCAAUGCAGCUAUAUGUGCCCCGACAGAAAGACACAACACAGACACCUUCUACUGACGAUAUCAUUGGGCUCUUUUACGCCCUUGAAGUCCGUCCGCUACCAGAGAGACCUGAUUCAACCCCGACUUUUAUCAGAAUUCGCGUGAAUCUAUUAGACUCCCAAGGUGCAUCCGUCACUGACGAAAUUGUUGUUGUGGAUCUUCUUCGUCAACAUGAUGGCUCAACUAUCAUCUCGCAAAUCCGUUUGGAUUCAAUUCAAAGGCAUGGUGACGACGGCUACAACUCUGUCGAGCCGUGCUAUAUGAACCUCUGGUCAAAACUUUUCUCAAAAGACAAGAAUCUUUGCUCGGGUGAAAGUUUGCAACCGGCCAUCAACAUAGCCAACAAUGGUAACAACCCAAACUAUCCUCAAUCUGCUUAUGAGACAGUCAUUGGUCCUUCUGAUUCUCCGCAUGCACUUGGAUUUCUCCCUUCUUUGUCAUCGCCCAUAUAUAGCGGUCAUCCAGAUUGCAGCUUCACGCGAUUGAUGCAACCCUUUAUUCUCCAGGUCUUUCUGGGUGCCAUGCUUGGUCUGAUCUUCUGGCUAUCUGGAUUUGCACUUGUUAGCUUUUUAUGUCUCUUUACGCGUGUCUUGGCUAUCGCAAGAAAGAAGGUAGUUGGGUACAAAUUGGGGUUGUCGAGGAUGCAAUCAGCUCCCAAAAGGGGUAAAAUCCUGCCUCAAACAUCUGAAGUCAGUAUAUUCAAAGUUGACACAACGAGUGCAUGA